AUGCGCUUGCAUUCGAUGUCAACAACGCGGUUGCUGUACGUGUCUGCUGCGCGAAACAGCUUGUUGUGCAGAUAUGUGCACGCCUCAACCCCCAAGGGAUCGUGGCACGUCACCAGGACCAAGAGCAGGAGAGCUGGCAGGACGUUGAGUACCCUGACGCGAAGCAUUAGCCAGGGCCCUACUGAGACACCAUUGCUUCCGCACACAAUCCCUGAGCACUUCUCCUCUAUUGUCUCGCAGUUCGGUGACCGGCCCGCAGUCAUCUCCCGUUCGCCCGCCAUAAGCCAGGAUGGCUUCCCCAAUCUUCCUCCUGGAACAUUGCUCUCGUCUGUCGAGACAACACUCACUUAUGAGAAACUGGAUCUGGCCUCCAAUGCACUUGCACAAUCGCUUCGUUCGCUAGGAGUCAAGAAGGGCGAUCGCGUGGCCAUGAGCUUGGGUAAUUGUGCCGAGUUUGCAGCACUCACGUAUGCUAUCUUUAAGCUAGGCGCCAUUUUGGUGCCGCUGAACCCGAGUUUCAAUGCUAACCAGGUUACUGCGGCCUUGAAUCAUCUGGGUGUUGAGAUCCUUAUAAUUAGUGCUGUCACCGACUUGGCUUACAAGCCGUGCCGGGGAAGAAGUAAUUUCCCGCUCCUACAAGAAAUCGUGUCAGACCUCUCGUCAGGCAAGGUCGAGUCCGCCACUAUCCCCACACUCAAGAAAGUGGUUGUGGUAGACAACUCAGGAUCUCACCCCCAAAGCAACUUCCCGUCUCUAGAUACUCUGCGCUCCCUUAUUCCCUUCAACUCUCUUCUCCCUUCAGGUCCCGAUCUCACCAACAUUGCAGCCCAGUCUGCUCGCCCCAUCACCCCUGACUCCCCAUUAUCCCCAUCCGAUACUAUCAACAUCCAGUUCACCUCGGGAACCACUUCCCAGCCCAAAGCCGCCAUGCUCUCCCACACUAACAUCCUCAACAACGGCAACCUAAUCGCUCAGCGCAUGGGCCUUGACCCAUCCGACCUCAUCGUCUGCCCGCCGCCCCUCUUUCAUUGCUUUGGCUCCGUUCUAGGCUACAUGGCGACCGCCACCACAGGCGCAGCAAUCCUCUUCCCCUCGCCAGCCUUCGACCCUGUCGCAACGCUGCGUAUGGCCGCCGCGCACCGCGCAACAGGCCUCUACGGCGUUGCGACCAUGUUUGUCGCGAUGUUUGAGGCGCUGCACAACCAUCUGAUCCCCGCUGACCAGGCGACAGCGCUCCCGACUCAUCUGCGCAAGGGCAUCGCGGCGGGCAGCUCGGUGCCGGAGUCGCUGAUGAGGAAAAUAUACGCUACGUUGGGCUUGAAUGAGUUGGUCAUUUGUUAUGGCAUGACGGAAACAAGCCCCGACAGCUGUAUGACUUCUCCACGGGACCCAUUCGAUAAGCGGACGCAGACUGUUGGCCGGGUGAUGCCGCAUACUAAGGUGAAAAUUGUUGAUCCAGCUGACAGGUCGAGGAUUUUGCCUAUUGGGGAGCGUGGCGAGCUCGCUGCGUCCGGGUAUCUUGUUAUGAAAGGCUACUGGGGGGAUGAGGAGAAGACAGCUGAAGUACGAAUUGUCGAGAAGAAUGAGGAGGGGGUUGAGGAGGUGUGGAUGUAUAGCGGGGAUGAGGCGAGCAUGGACGCCGAGGGGUAUGUAGAGAUUACAGGGCGGAUCAAGGAUCUGAUUAUUCGUGGAGGAGAGAAUAUCCACCCACUGGAGAUUGAAAACUGCCUCUUCCAGCACCCGCUUGUCGCGGAGGUUAGUGUGGUUGGAGUGCCGGAUGAAAAGUAUGGAGAGUGUGUCGGCGCGUUUGUAAUUGUCCAUGAGGGCGUUCGGGCCGAAGAGGAGGAAGGCGCGGUGGUUUCGGAAGGAGAGGAGAAGGUCUUGACCAAGGAAGAUGUGAGGGAAUGGGUCAGAAAGAAUCUGUCCAAUCAUUUGGUGCCGAAGCAUGUGUGGUUUGUGAAAGAAUACCCAAAGACGGCAAGCGGAAAGAUUCAAAAGUUUAAGCUGAGGGAUAUGGCAAAGGAAUUGGUGGCUGCUGGCAAGUAG